GUAGAAGGGGAAGUGCGCAGCACGCACGCAAGCCUUCCUCAUCAUCGCACCGACCACGCCCAAAGGGUCUCCGUGACUGCGCCGGUGGUACCCUUCCACACACGAAAUUCCCAACACGUGUCCCCCUGGGAUCCUCACGACCAGAUUUUGUUGCGAGUAUAUCUAACACGGGCCAUUACCCCGGAGACCCUCGGAACCUGCCGUGUUUGCUGCUUGUUUUUUGUUUUGUUGUUGAGCUGAGACACAAGCGCGCCUUUGCCCGUUGUGCUCACUCUCAUCUAGCACCCUUCAAAGCCUGACCAGGGAGUCAGUUGAUAAGAACAUCUAUCUUCGUUUCUCGUUCCGAAGCUUGCAAGCUCGGACCUACCGAUCUCACAGCAGUGUAACCUCUGUGAUAGACUACAAAGUCUACGAGCUACAGCAGCACCGCGGUGACAGCAGUGUAACCUCUGUGGCACACUACAAAGUCUACGAGCCACAGCAGGACCGCCACCUCCGCUGCUGCAGAACGCCACAUAGUGUGAGGUUAUGAGCCUCGCUUUACGCGAACAGUAGGAGCUUCUGACGUCACGACGGAGGUCAAGACAUCCUACUGUAUACUACAACAUCCGUCUGUAGACCUCGAGCGGAAAUCUGGAUUCGGAGGUUUGGGAGAUCAUCAACGGUCAGCGGAAACGAAAGUGAGCAAACUACUUGGUCAUCUACACCAAGGGGCUGAGAGUUCAUUAUACACACUCGUUACCACUGCUGCAACAGCAGUAGUGGGUGUAGUGGGUGGUGAACAAACAGCAAAGUGUUGCGCGGGAAGCCUCGAUUUAGACAUCGAGCAAAUACGUCUGCGGCGGAGACAGGAGGGAAGACUACUGUAUCGACAGCGAAAGUCGACCGGGGCCCGUAGUCCUAUUCACCGAUUCCCUAAGUGAGGAAAGGGUAUCAGGAGCGGGGUCGCAAAUUGGCCUACAACCGGAGUUCUAUUCACCAAUUCCCUAUCUAUGUGAGAAAAGGGUUUCAGAAGCGGGGUCGCGAAUCGGCAACCGGAGUCCUCUAUGUCAAUAGAAGGAGCGGGGCUGGAAAAAUCUCAGACAGAUAACUGAGUAAUACACCAACAGAAAUAUUUAAGACGAGAUCAUCAGGAUAAAACAGAAAUGGAAGCAACAUCGGGAGCUGGAGGCGGAGGCAGCAUCUGGAGUGAUGGAUCCACAAACCUGGCCAACGUCAUCAGAGGACUCCCCAAGUUCGAUGGAACGAAACCAGAGGACUUCAACGACUGGAUGAAGAAAUUGGGUGUAGUCGUCGGCGUUACUCGGAGGGACAUCAUGCCACUUCUCAAGGGAAUGCGCAGGCCUGAUCCCCUNGAUCCACAAACCUGGCCAACGUCAUCAGAGGACUCCCCAACAUUCGCGGAACUGAAGGCCAACUACAAUCGAGUGACAGAUGAAGUGAUCAGGGCUAAACUGGACGACCUGGAAAGGACUGUCAUGGAGCCAGGAGAGAAGCCGGACUAUUUUUUCAACAAGAAACACCGCCUCCGCUCUCAACUAGAAAAAAUGGGGGAAACCAUGUCCGACCGCCGCUUCAAGGACAUCUGUGUGCAAGGUUCUUCCGAGGACUACAAGGACAUCAAGAUGAUGGUUUUCCGCGACCAAUCAUUCGACGUACAACAGACGCAAGCCACUAUGCGCAACAUCUUCCUUGACGAGCGAAUGCGCAAGAGAAACAAGGGCCAAAUCGCCGGCCGCGGAUUCGCCAUGGCUACCAAGACAUCUGGCCCCAUCUGCUUCGAGUGCAACGAACCGGGGCAUGUCAGGAGGAACUGUCCCAAUCGCCAGCGGGAGGGCCAUAUGGCAAAGAAGACGAAGCGCGCGGGAGCAACCAAGUGGUGCUCCGUCCAUAACACCAUUACACACUCCGACGAAGAAUGUUACAGCCAAGGAGCCAAGCGACCAGAACGCACGGGCAAGGCCUUUUCUGCAUGCACACACUGCGUGCACUGCUCAACCCAGUCAGGAGACAUACACGCCAAGCCUACCACAACGGAAACUCCCAAAGAAACAGAGAAGACCGAGAAGGCAGAGAUCGACUUCUCUUACGACGAAGAUGCAUUCAAGGGUGGAUUCAUGUACCAUGCUACAUGCAGCAAGGGAAGCGGACGCACUUUCACGACAACUGCAACUGGGACUUCCGCGCUGGUGGAUUCUGGAGCUUCUGAAACCAUGUUCGACGACCGCCUCAUCCCGAAUGGACGUCUCGAAGAAGAACGCCCGACGCCCAAGAUCAUCGACGUUGCAGGAGAAAGCCAACUACGAGGCACUACCACUGGGAUCCUACACUGCACCAUCAAAGACGACAAAGAACAGCAACUACCCGUCAAGCUACAAAGUCUCAUCGUGCCAGGAUCAGGCCGGAACAUCUUCGCACCAACGGUCCUUCUCAAGAAGGACCUCCGAUGUGUCCUGGAAGACAAGACCCCACACCUCACCAUUGGCGGAGAAGUCGUCGUUCCUCUGAAACAAGAGACUCAAGACCAAGGCAUGUGCACCCUCGCGAUCACAUUCAAGGGCGAUCCAGCGUCGACAAGCAAGACACCCCCGAACAACCAAGAACCAGGGCGCAAGCCGAAGUUCGGAAAACCAGAAGCGGUACAGAUCGAUCACACUCCGCACGCGACAUGCUCAGUGGCGAUGAGCGUGAGCGCCGACCUCUGGCACCGGCGCCUCGGCCACAUCAAUCCACGUGCUAUGGAGAUUUUGCGGCGCAACCCCGCCACAGGUGUGAAAUAUGACGGACCUGUAUCCCCGUGCGACAACUGCCACAUCACGAAGCACAAGAAGGCUUCCGUCCCGAAGAAGACCAGCCGUGUCCUGACCAAACUAGGAGAACUCGUCCAGUUCGACAACAUGGGACCAAUCGACCCGCCUGCGAAGUACAACGGACGCACCUACUCCUAUGUCGCCAAAGCGACCGACGUCUUCACCAGAAUGCGGGAAGUGUACCUACUGCGCGACAGGACCGAAACCACGCAAGCUCUGCACGCCUACAACAUGCAAGUAGCAUCUGAAGGCUACCGCAUCGAGGUUCUACGCUGUGACAAAGGCGGAGAGAACACUGGGGAAGAAAUGCGCAACUACUGUAGGGAGUCUGCGAUCAAGCUGGAAUUCGCCGCGACCAACACGCCCCAAGAAAUCGGAGUGUCAGAAAGGGAUGGCCAGACACUUGCGGCUGUGACUCGAGCUCUACUGCGCGAUGGAGACUUCCCAAAACACAUGUGGGGGGAGCUCAUGAUGACUGCAGCAUACCUGACCGACAGGACCCCACACGCGGCGCUAGGGUGAGCCACGCCGUAUUCCAAGAU